AUGGAACUUUGUCGCCUCAUCGGUGGUUUGUGUGUGAGCGACCUAUCCGACUUCAAUGUGGUUGAGGGGCUCGUGGCCAAUGUGAGCUACCAUUCGGACUCUGACGACGCGGUUAUCGUUGAAACAGAGUCUCGCACACCGAUCACAGGCCCGAAAAUUGUUUCGUCGAGAGUCGUCGAAGAUCUUGACUCUCAAAAAACAGUCGAACUCAAGUUCGAAGAGCAAUUUAGUGUGACGCAUUAUACGUUCGAGAUAGCUAAAUUCAAUUUAGAUAGUGGCGAAAAUGUACAGGGUGGCGACGAUGGCGACAACGACGGCAGUUCCCACGAUACCGGCGGGGACUUCGAGGUUUGGCCGGAAGAGCUUCCCGCUACUUCGGCACAGAGUCUUGACCCAAAUGCGUUAUCGCACAGAAAAGCUCGUUCAAGGUCACGAUCGCGAAAACCCCAUGUGCUGCAGGUCAGAGACAGCUCCUGGUCGGUGGUUGAGGAUAAAGCAAUAUUAAAAGAAGGUUUCGAAAUCGUUCCCGAGCAGUCACAACGCCCAUCUUUGCGGGAAGAGACGUCAGGACACUUAGAAGAUUGUGGGCUAGAGGGAGAAUCUCGCGUGACCAGCGCGAGUGCAGAUUCGGAAUCGUUCGCUAUAGCGGGAGCGGAGGUCGAGAGUCGGUUUAGGCGACAAAGCGAGAGCAUUAUCCCAGUCGUGUCUCCGAUUGGAUUCGAAGUCGGGGCCGAGAAACUCGAAGCGUUCUCGCUAAAAGCGAUGGAGCACUCGGUUUUGGAGCAGCCCGCAGACCUGUCACAGGAAGAUCCACUGAUCCAUGUUGUCACGCCGGACGACGCCGACGGCGCAACAGGGACGCUCGUCGAGUCGACCGCACUGCCAUUGCCAGACUCCGAGCGUGCCCCAGGCGGUGUAGCGGAUGGGGCCCCGGGCUCCGCAGAGAAAUCCGAAGAGUGGGGUUCGAUUGAAGAAUCGAAGUCAUCAGAGGACUUGUUUAAAUCUGCCCUCGAGACUCAGGACGUUCCGUCGGACGAUGCGCUCUUCAUGAGCGCGGUCGGCAACAUCGAACUCCUGACGAAAGAGGCAUCUUUCGCUCAGAAGAAAAGGGCCAAUAAAGGCCGUUCGAAGAAGUCCAGAGGCACAAGGCAGACAGGAGUGAUUCCGACGCCGACUCUAGCAGAAGAUGAAACUGCAGGAGCCCACGUUGAAUCGAAGCAAGGACGGCUCGAAGCGGUGAACCUCGAUGAGCCGGUCGGCUCCCGAUCGCUUACGGCAGAGAGGGAGAACCGUUCGCCGGAGCUUCCGGCUGAAAACCCCGAGCCUACUAGAGAGACAGAAGCUGGCGCUCCCGGAGAAUUCACCACGGUGGUUGAGCGAAAAAAGAAGCGGAAGGCGAAACAUCCUCUCGGGAAACCUCCAAGCGAUGUUGCAGGAGAUCAACGACCCAUCGAAUUGACGGGUCCCACGGAAUCCUGCGAUAGGUUUUCUUCGCAGAUCGAGCCCUCGAGUGGGUCUCCUUCCGAGGCUGUCGAUGAAAGGAUCGGUGGACGUGGGGCCGAGCUCGGAUUCCCCGUCGCAAUGCCACGAGCGGGAACUCCUACGGAUCAGAUGCAAGACGUCGUGCAAGUCGCAAGAACUCUCGAAUCAUCGACUCUGACACCGGCAUUGGAUCGUUCCCCAAUUGAAACGGAAGAAAGCUCAAACCAACUAAUAUCAGGGGUCGAAAACGUGCCCGAUACCGAUGGCUCUCGGACGGAUAGGGUCAUCAGCGACGAAGAGUUGAUUCGAAUGUCUUCGAUCCAAAGAAUGGAAGAUUCCUUUGCUGUCGAAGGUGGUGAACGUUCCGGGGCCGAAGUCGAUUCAUCCGCCGUCGAAAGGUUGGUCCAAGCUAGGAGAUCCGUCGCUGAGUCCGAAGGGGACGGGAUUCAGGAAAGUAGUACACCGGAGGAACGGGUCUUGGCUGGCGAGCAAUCCCCGAUUGAGGACGAACAAGGAAUGAGCUCGACCCCAUGCGCACAAGCCUCGCUCAGGGAGGUUGGUACACCGGAAGCAUCAGAGCCAAGUCCCGCGGCAGACCAUCCUGAGCGAAAUGAUGAAGGUACAAUAGGACCGCAGGUCCCUCCGGACUUCCGAUCCGAAUUCUCAGUUGAGCCUGUCGCGGAUAGAUUGGAUAGACGGAAAUCGAAAAAGAAACGAGGGAAGCACAGAGAUCGUGUCGAAUUCUUGUCGAAGCAUGACGGGGAUGCUGCAUCUGUGGCAGAGAGUAUCUCACCUGGAUCCCCUGCUGAACCAGGGAGCGCGCGGUUCCAAGAGUCUCCAGAUGACGAUAAAUCGAUUCCCGAAGAUCUACCGAACCGACGCCGACGUAAUGGGGGAGACCUCUCGAUAGAUUCGAAAAAUCUGGACAGUGAAAGGGAAUUGCAGAAGGGAAAAACAUCGACAGCUUCUCACGAAUGUCGCGUCGAAGAGCAUCCUGAGGGGCCACCGCCGGAAAAGAGUGGAGUCUCUGAGCCGGAAUCGCCCCCAUACGACGUGAGCUCCUCAGAAUCGCAAACCGUAGGUCCCGCGCAGAUAGGCGCUCAAGAUGCCGAGGAACUUCGCCUCGCUGAAUUUCCUGACUCUCCACGGUACCAGGAAGCGACUCCGGCUCUGAGACGCGGACAGCAUCCGGAAAAGGAAGAUCAGGGUCUAAUAUCAGAAAGCGGAGCUCAAGACUCCCCAACGUCCCUGCUCGACACUGGAGCUCCGCUGGAAGCUUCCCAAGGCUCAAUCUUGGAGGUCAUCCCCGUCCAAGAGGGAGGAGCCGAUAUCGGAAAUCAAAGAAGAUGGGGGAAAAGAGCAGACGAUCGGUCCCCCGACGAUGCAUCCGGAUCCUGCGCUGUCGAAACAUCUUAUGCCACAUCGGGAACCACUUGCGAGGACAUCAGAGGGGACGAUGCGUGUCUCGGGUCCGUCGUCGGAGAACCACAAGCAAUUGAGCCGACGAAAGAACAGGACGUCUUCGAGAUGACGAUUCCCACUGAGAACUUUAUGUCCGCUGAGGCUUUCGCUCAAAGUGUCAUCGAUCAGAUCGACUCCGCCAGAGGUUUCACGGCGGAAAAGCCCGACGCUGAGGUCUCGGGUUCCCCGACGAGAGUGGACCGGGAUCGACCUGCGCUUGAGAUUGGCACGGAAUCCUGUGGCGAGCAGAGUGUUGAUGUUUAUGCGGGGGAUUCCGAACGCUCUAUGCAACUCCCUGGGGACGAGGCCGAGAGAUCUCUGCGGGAGCCAAUCAUUGCAGGACCGCUUAAAGAUGACUCCGAUGUGUUCGAUCUGAUGAAAGCUUCAGAAGCUCGAAUUCAACCCGAGCUCCCGACUCACUUGAUAGGAGCACCGGCGGAGGUCGUAAACGACGUCCCGCCAACAGUUCACGGCGCGGAAACCACAGAAAUAUCCCAUCCCUUCCCGUGCGAACUCGAUGUCAUCGAACCUCCCGGAACCGAGGCGCCUGAUCAACGAUUUGUUCAGCUUCCGCAUUCGGAGACACGGAAGAACAUUGUUGCGGUGCAAGAGAGUUCUGGCGUCGACGGCGAAUCCGCUGGAAGCUCGACCAACGCUGUGGGCAAAAAGUCUUCUAAGCGGAAGAAGAAGACGCUGAAAUCCGAUCCGAUAGAGCUUCCAACGCGUAGAGGAGGAGCAGGCUUCUCGGAGGAGAUUCCAGUCCCGCAGUCAGAGGGGGAGACGGUACAACCGACAACCUACACCGAAGUCCUGAUCGGCGAAGACGUUCCAGAUACGGAGACCCGGAAGUCGGAAGAUCCGUCCCCCCGUGACACGGACCAGGCUCCGCUCGGAAUCGAGCUUGGCACCGAGAAGGAGGUUGACGUAUUCGAUAUGAUGUCUCCCUUGGAGCGUUAUCAGCAGCCAGAACAUCCGAAAAUUUUUGAAGACGGCUCCCCUCAAAAAUUGGAAUCCCUCGCUCCCGAACUGUUCAGAGCAGAAGCGGGGCAGGAGGACAUUCCGGAAGAUGAGAUGGACCGGAAUCGGGAACGUCUUCCGAAGGUAAGCGACGUUUCGACGAGGGAUGACGACCUGAGAAGCCUCGGGGAAGCAUCCGGAACUCGUCGAGUCGCGGAAGAAAUUGUUGGAACCACGGAAGAAGCGGAUCCGCAGGCUGUGAAUGAAGCUCAGCGAUCGGAGAUGGAGGACGAGGAGCAGUAUCCCGCUGGAAGCACCAACAUCGAUGAAGAUAUUUUCGACCUGAUGACGCCGCUAGAACACAACGAGCAACCAGAACACCCGCAGAUACUGACGGAAUUCGGAAUCGAAGAAGUCUCUUCCGCCGAGGACGGUACAGAGCUGCAAGCCCUUAAUGCCGACGCAGUUCCCAGGAAAUCAAGCGAUUGUGAUCAGAAUCAGAUUGGGUCUGAGGUCGGGGAAGAAUCGAACAGGGAGGGCAAACUUCCUGCCGAAGAACUCGGCCCACCAGAAGAUUUCGUAAGCGGAGAUACUCGGAGGCAAGCAGGGGUCAUCGAGCACGGAUCAUCUUCCGGAGAGGGGCGCGAUGGGACCGCCAGAACGUCCUGUCAAGGAGAUCUUGUCCAAACGGUCGGAACUCCCGAGACGGACGUCUGUAACACGAAUGCUCCCGAUGGUCAAGAAUUGCGAAGUACCAUCGCAAUUAAAUCCAGGAAGAAAUCCAAAAAGAAAAAGAGCAUCGCCCAGACCGAAAUUCCUGGCGUUCUCCAAGAUCAAGAUUCCGUCGAUACCCGCGGAAGUGAGAAAGGUCCCAUGAAAACCCUCCCAGAUGUCGUCCCCGAGCCGGAUAAGACGAGCCCUCCCCGAAUUGUGAGCGAAGCUGGCGAAAUCUGGGCCGCUGAAAAUCUGGAGAUGGGAGAUGCAGGAUGUCAAAGGAAGAAAUCGAAGGCGAAGAAGAAGAAGGAACGGGACUCACCCCCGGAAAUCGGAUCAGGAACUCAGGAAGCAGGACAUGAAUCCGCCGCCGAAGGAACCAUGUCCUCCCAGGGCCUGCUAACGGAACCGGGGCAGAAUCAAGUAGAACAGGAAUCGAAACAUCGAGAGAGGGACGAUCCCCAAGACGUUUCGCCCGAUGCAACGCAGGAGGAGUUCGAGUCCGAGUCCACCCGAAUCUUUGGGGGCAAAUUAUCGAUGGAGAUUGAAAACCUCACUGAGUCGAUCAUCGCGGCGGGCCCCUUCGGCAUCUCCGACGACUCCACAAUAUCAGAGUCGUUACGGAAGGAAGCGGAGCCUGAAAUCGAAAUGCCCGAAGAUGUUACGCAAAUUAGACACGGUACGACUCAGGCGACCGGGGCCAUCGAGUCCGGAGCUUCAGCUGUGGAGAGAAGUAGUGAGCAGGAUACCGGCACCGGAGCAUUCGCAAGAAGACCGAAGAAGAAGAAAAAGCAGAAGAAGUCCCGCUCAGAUCCUCUCCCAGCAGAAAAUUUCACGCCUGCGAUAGCGUCUCCGGAGACCGGCGGUUUUUCAGAGAUCCAUCCCCCGGUAGAUCUGUCCACAGUUUCGGUAGCGAUGUCAUCCGUUGCUGAAAUUGAUCCUUCUAACCCACGAGUUGACUCCGCGGGAAAAAUCGUAGAGUUCGGCGCCUCCGUCACCGAUCCGACUGCCGGGGGUUUCGAGAGCGCUCGCUCUGACGUGCCGCGAGAUACAGAACUCCUUCUUGGAGUGUCAUAUGUCGCUGGUGUCGACGCUGAGGAGGGUCGGGAUCCCGAGAAGGACCAUGAGCAACUCGGAGGCAUUUGCCUUGAAGAGACUGGAAGGGUGGAUGAAUUGAAAACGACUAAGCCGCGAAGGAAGUCGAAGAAAAAGAAGAAGAUAGCGGAUGACGAACAGGAGCUUGGUGCAGAUCAUCCGGGGAUGUCUUCCUCCGAAAUAUCUGAAAAGGAAGUUUCCACAGGAGAUGACUUUGUGGCGGCGGUUUCGGCUGAGGGGCCGCAACCGGAACUCGAGGGGCAGCAACCCUCUGCGGACGGUGUAGAUGUAUUCGAUCUGAUGUCGGCCCGCGAGUACCACGACCAGCUCGAGCACCCGGAGGUUACCAGUCAGGCUGUGAUCGAAACACCCGUGUACCGCGAGGGCUCAGAGAAUCGAUCAAGGGUCGACGAACCUAUGGAGGAGAGCCCCCACUUCGAUUCCCUUCUGAUCGAUUCGACCACCGAUACGGGUGGCACGGAAUCUCUUCAGGAGAUCAUUCGACUAGACACCGGAGGACAGACCCUCGACGGAAGCGACUCCGAGUCGGGAACAUCUCGUGAAAAAAUUGCGAUAGGCGACGAUACAUCGAUUCCAACUGAUAUUAAAAACGACGAUGAGAUCGUCGAGGAUUCAAAACUUGAAAUUCAGCCUCCCGGAGAAAUUAUCGAUUGGGAGCGAGCUCACGACAUGACGAAAAUCAAGACUAACUUGAAGGAGAAGAAGAAGAAGGCCCGCGUGAGCUCGCCCGACGCUGGCAGCGAAAAACUCGCCCAGGUCGAAAGCGGUGAGUCUCCCCCCGAACGUCAUGGAAGGGAUGCGGGAGGAAAGAUUCCGCUCGGGAGCGAUGUAGGUUCUGAUUCACCCGAUUCAAGGCAGCGGCGGGAUGGCCCUGAGAUCCAGUCGACGAGCUUAUCGGAAGGACAAGCAGAGAGAACUGAGGUACCGGACUUGCAGAAAGCUCCUCAUCAGGUCGCUCAAACGAGGGAAACUCGUGGAGCUCCUCUCCCGGAGCGCGGGGCCUCCCCCCAGAAAAAGGCAGACGAAGGGAAAAGCAUCAACACGGAGCAGGAGCCGAAGAAGAAGAAGAACAAGAAGAAGAAAAAGUCCCUCGAAUCUGGUGCCAUUCUUGAAGGUUACGAAUUCAGCGACACGACCGAGACGAAACUCUCGCAGCUGACACCCACCGGGACCUCAGAAGGGAUCAUCGAAGAUGUCUCCGAUAUGAUGUCGCCGAUAGAGCGUCGUCAUGAGCAGCCCGACCAUCCUGCUUCGCCCAUGACCUGCGAGAGAGAUGACGAAACCGCAAGAGGCGCGGCUCGUGAAAUUUCAAGCGAACACGAAAUCAGUCAAGGAACACCGAAGAAAAAGAAGAAGUCCAAGAAGAAGAAGGAAAAGGAAAGCUCCCACGAUCCCAUCGAGUGCGGUAAAGCUCCCAAUGAGGAUUCUCCACAAGACUUCUCUCCAAUCCGAGCGCAGCGAAAUACCGACGAACGAAUUCCGGUCGGAGGAGCAGCUGAGGGACAAACGACAAAAAAAUCGAGGAAGAAACCCUCAGGAAUUCGGGUUGAACCAAAAGAUGAAGGAAAUGCGGGAGAGCGUCUGACUGAUGCAAGCCCCGAAGUUUCUGAGAAAGUCCCGCGCGAAGAAAUUCCGGUCAUCAGGGAGCUAUCAGCCGAUUCCGGUACGCCCGACGAUUUAGACGAAGCAAGCUUCGUCGAAAGCGAGUUCCAACCCGCCAGGAAACCGAAGGCUCCGAAGAAACCUAAAACAGCCGUCGGGUCAAAGCCGAUAUCGGACCGACGCAAAGCCGCUCCGGAACGAAAAAUUUCGGUGGAGGAACGUUUCGUUCAGGAAGUUACCAAGCAGCUCCUCCGCGAAUCACAGACGGAAUCUACAGCGAAGCUAUCCGCUCGCUCGCUCGAUCCCAAUCCGUCAAUCACCUACGCUGAUGUGGUUUCGGGUCGCGCCAGCAGAGCUGUAACUCCCCGUGAGCAAAGUCCCGUGAAACAAGCGCGUGCAUCGCCCUUCGGCGAAAAUCUCAACGCUCGAAGCGAUCUGUUGUGUCCGUCAGCGGAACUUUCGCACAGUCCUGCUUCUCUCGAGGAGUCUCUAUCCAGCCAUGCGAGGCCGAUCGAACGUCGUUGUUCCGAAGUUGCGAUGCAAUACGUGACCGACAACACCGGAGUCUGGGCCAGCGAGCCUUACGGCUACUAUCCCGCCGAUGAACUGACCCAGUUCUAUCAGGAAGACCCAUGCGAGCCGGCCGAGCUCCCGAUGACUUAUUCCCCCAUAGCGGAGCUUCCGCCCCCGAUUUUCGGUCUUUCGAACACCACGUUCACCAGUCCGCUUUCGCCCCUGGACGAUACGCAGACUCCUCUGAUAAGCGCGGGUGUUGUCGAGCAGGUCAUGCUCAGCGAGCCGCAGGUGUACGAGACGUUGGAGCUUCCAAGUUACGCGGAUGUUUGCGCCGGCAGAGCCUCCGUCAGUCCCAGACCGUCGAGGGGAGCCACGCCGCUGCGCGAACCGACGUUCGCGCCUCAGACUUGUCGCCACCCCAGUUCGUCGAGCAUGUCACAGGUUCUAGAUCAUAGACAACAAUCUAGGAAAUCAUUAGAUACCACGCCGGAGCCGGAACAAAGGUCCAGCGAUCAUCCGGCAUUUGCGGAUGAAGCCGCGCUCGAAUUCCAACAGAGCACACUCAUACCCACGUUCACGUCAAACCACGGACACACGACAGAUAACAAGAACACCUCGUCUCUUUGGGAAUGUUUCGGGGUUUCCGCUCAGACACUGACGUCGAGCGGGGUGACUGUGGCCCUACACAGGGACUCUCUCGACGAUUUUUCAGCCUCGCCGUCCACAGAGCCCUCCAGAAAGUCUUCGGACAAGGACACGGAGUCCCAGAAUGUGGAUACGGGCGCUGGUGGUGCGGCGGCGGCGAUCAAGAAAAGCAAGAGGAAGAAGAAGCUCAAAGGCUUACCAGACAUCGUAGUCUCGGAAGAAGAGCUGAGUUCCGCGUUCGAAGAUUCACCCGAGCAGCAGGACACCAAGAAGAAACGGAGACAGCGGAAGAGCCGAUCGCACACCCGCGAAGUUCAGGAGGCGAUGAUUUUUGAAAAUACAGCCGCGACCGAUAGAGGGGGCCCAUCUAUUCCUUCGGACCUGCAGGGAGAUGAUCCGCUUCCGUCCAGGAGCGGAGAAAUCUUGGGUAUGACCCAUGAAGUGGACUUAACGGGUUUCGCAUUCGUUGAACCCCUUGACCACCAGGCGGACACGGCUCAGCAGGGUCCGGACGAGUGUGAGAGUCGUCGGGAUGCGGCUGAGCGAGAAUUAGACACGACUGCUGCUGUUCGUGAUGCGAUCGACUCGAUUCCCGAGGGAGAAAGCGUCGCUGGAGAGAUUGCGCCGCGUCAGAUUCCCGAGCGGAGCUACCGGGAGCGGGCUCCUCUGCCGGAGGGACAGCAGGUCUGCUCUCAGGUGACCCCGCUGAGCGAUGGAACGUACGAGGCCGUCUACGGAGGCUUUGAGGGAGCUAUCUGUUAUGGGAGGAGCGAGUUCCAUGAAAGCCAAGACGACACAGUCCCACAAGCAGAUCCUGCUGAUGCCUCAGGAGUCUCAGACUCGAUCCCACGGUCACGAUGUCCCACGGAGCCGGAGGAACCGAGACUUCAUCCGGAGCCCGAGCUACCGGACACCGGAGCGGCAGCACAAGCGUUCGAAAAUUCUCGCACGUCGGAGACGCUGGAGCCGUUGAACUCGAUUCCCGGUGAUGUUCUAGCGAAAAAGAAGUCAAAGAAGAAGGGAAAGCGUAAAAUCCAGGAGGAGCAAUCGGAAGCAACCGUUCUGUUGGAGGAAACGAAACCUGAAGUGAAGAUUGCGGAAGCGUACCCGGGAGAAGUAGAAGCACCGGAGUAUUCGACAGAAAGGACGGAAAUCGUGGAAGGCGAUGGACAGAGGGAGAUUUCUGUGGACAACUUUGACGCCUUCGAUUUCAUGGGGCCCUUGGAACAUCACGAACAACCCGAGCGUCUAGUUGUUCCCAUGGAAUCCGCGUCAGAGAAGUCGAUCGGAGAAGCUUUCGGAGAGUCGACGGAAGGAUUCGCUGAAGAGCUCCAACCCGUGAUCGGAACUCCACAGGGCCGCAUCGACGAUCACAGAGAUCCGUCGGCGAGGGCCAAAUCGAAAAAGAAGAAGAAGCAACAGAAAAAGUCACCCGAUUCUGUUGCCCGGGGAGAGACGAGUCUUUCCGAGGCUCGUUCAGCAGAAAAUGAUCUGUCAGAAGUUGGCCUUCUUACCCUGACUUCUGUCGAUAAGGUAGCUCAGGAUGCGCGAGGGAAAGCGGUUGCCGAUCAAAUCCGGCGGUCUGCACCGGCAGCCGAAGACUCGUAUCACUCAGGGGAGACAGCGGGUGGCAGACCUCGGAGGCCAACACCCGAGAGCUGGGAGUUCGAUGACGAGCUCCUGGAGCCGCGCUCACAAGACCUGCCAUGCGAAUUCGUUACUGAGCCCAUCGUCGGAGCCGCUGCCCCGGAGGCGUCUAGUCUUCAACCCGAUUCCGCCGUCAUCGGAACUGCUGGGAAAGGACUUGGAGAUCCCGACUCAACUCUCGAUCGCGACGUUUCGCUCGACGAUCCGGAAGCAUCUGCGAUGGAGGCGGAAACAGAGCUCCUGCCGAGAUCAGUUGCCGACGUCUCGCAAAACUUCGGAGAAGCGGAAGAAUUCGACGCUCCCAACAUCAUGACCCCCCUGGAGCUUCCCUUGCAACCCGAGCAUCCGGUUGUCUCGAUCGGUCCGGGGACUGAACCUGAACAUGCGGCCGAACCUCAGGAGGCGGAGCGCAGAGCUGAACGUCCGAGCGCGGUAGGUCCUGAGACCAUUCCGACGGACAAUUCGGGCGAUCAGGUGUUCGAUGAAGGAUCUUCGAAAGCCAAGAGAAGUAAGAAGAAGUCUAAGAGGGAGAGACAUCUUCGAAGUGACGUGUCUGGAACAGAAAACUCGCUGCCAUCAUCAGACAAGAUCGAAGAGGAAUCUUUGGAGGCCCCGCACGUCUCGGGACCUCCCGAAAUCCGCGAUUUACAGACCGAAUCGUCGGAUACUCGAACUCUCGCCGAAACUCCGGCAGCGGCGUCCGGCGACGACACCCAAAUAGAGUCUGUAGGAGGCGGGUGCAUUGGAAGCCCGGACGCCGUGUUCGAGGUCUCGGAGAGUCCUGGAGUGGGAUCGCCAGCGGAAGGUCCUCAAUGCGAGGUCGAGGAAGAUCAGGCUCGGGAAUCACCUAAGAAAAAGAAGAGGAAUUCGAGGAAGAAAAUUCGGAGCGGACUGGAUAUUUCUCCGCAAGCGCCAGCCAGCCGAAAGAGUGGACCACUCGGAGAGGCGCAAAUCGCGCUCGAGAGAUCCCCCGACACGGACCCGGAGCCAAUCCCACUCUCGACUGGGGAGGAUUCCGAACAUCCAGGGAUUGAGAUCGGGACGGGAGUCGAGGAGGAAAUCGUGAUAUCGGCGGAUUCCCGACCGGCGCCAGAAUGUCGAAUCGAGGGAGCCAUCGCUCUCGAAUCGAACGACCUCUUAAGCGACCGAGAUCAGAGUCAAGGGUCUCUGAAGUCAGGGAAAAAGAAGAGGAAAUCGAGGAAGAGAAAUAAGGAAGCUCGGGACGACCGGUCUGGAUCAGUUCACUUCGGGGAAGAGAGCAAGUCUCCUCCGGUGAUUGAUCGAGAGGAUUCGUUUGAGGUGGAACCACUUCCCGGCACGAUUGGCAUCUGCGUGCCAACUUCAACUCCGGGCUACCAAGAAUCCGAAAGAUGCCACGACAUCCCAAGCGAUGCGGCCCUCCGAGCUACUGGAGAGGUUGUGUCACUUGAGGAAGUUGGGGAGGAUGUCGACGUUUUCGAUAUGAUGACUCCUCUCGAGCACCACGAACAGCCCGAUCGCGUGGAUGUUGAAAUGGACGUUGAGCUCAGAGACGAGGAAGAAAUUGCCUCGUCCCUCGGAACGGCGACCCGAACGAUUGGAGACUCAGAUACCACGGGAAAAAUCCCGGACGAAGUUGACAUCUUCGAUUUGAUGAGUCCCAUCGAACACCAUGAGCAGCCCGAGCGUCCUGAUGUCCGAAUCGGUGUCGCAGUCGGGGAGCUUGGUGAAGCUGAUGACGGAGUCAAGGAAUCAUCCGUUCUGGAGAGUCAGCAGGCUGAAGUAAUGGGAGAGAGUCAAGCCGAUUCAGUCAAAGUCGAAACUGAAAUCCACGAGAGAUCAGCCCUGUCCGAAGAAGAAGGCUGCUUCGGACCAACUCGCACAGACCGAGUUAUCGAUGACGACGUUGACGUCUUCGAUCUCAUGUCACCCUUGGAAUAUCACGAACAGCCAGAACAUCCGGAGGUUCGAAUCGAGGCCGAGGGUGCAGAACAGAACGAGGGCGUCGAACGGGAAGGAAGAGACCUUGAGGAGAAUGUCGCUGGCCAAGCCCCCAUCGAGGACAUCUUCAACCUGAUGUCCCCAUUGCAGCAUCACGAACAACCAGAACAUCCGAAGGUUCGAAUUGAGGCCGCGGGUGCAGAACAGAACGAGGUCGUCGUACGGGAAGGAAGAGACCUCCAGGAGAAUGUCGCUGGCCAAGCCCCCAUCGAGGACAUCUUCGACCUGAUGUCCCCAUUGAAGCAUAACGAACAGCCAGAACAUCCGAAGGUUCGAAUUGAGGCCGAGGAAGCAGAACAGGACGAGGUCGUCGAACGGGAAGGAAGAGACCUCCAGGAGAAUGUCGCUGGCCAAGCCCCCAUCGAGGACAUCUUCGACCUGAUGUCCCCAUUGCAGCAUCACGAACAACCAGAACAUCCCACUGUCUCGAUCGAUACCACUCAGGUAAACCCAAGAGAAGUCUUCGUCUCACAAGAUCGAGACCUCGGGAGGGUUGAGGACAGUCGAGUUGUCCACGACGAUCAGGACCUUUCCCAAUGGGCACCCGCCCUGGGAGAAGUGGAAGACGAGGUCUCCUCGCUUGCGAUCGAUCGUGAUCGGAGCCUUGUCACGGGAGAAAUCCAAACUCCCGGAGAAUCCGCCGACGGAUCUCCCGGACCCGAUAUCGAGCCGCUCGAAACUCCACUAGGAGGGGAUAUCAGGCCGGAGUCAACAGAUGAAAGGAAGAGGGAGAAGGGCUCCAAGAAGAAAGGGAAGAAGGGAGGUCGGGGGAAAGAUAGAGUGGAUUCAUCCGGAGGCAUGGAAAGGAUCGGAAGCGCCGACGAGAUGAACGCGGUGCCUCUUGAGACCGAGCAGCUCCCCAAGCGCGUUGACUCUCCUGACCCCGGAGCUUCUCGUGAACAAAUCGAGGACCUCAGUCGAUCAGGCGGUGAAUGCGAAGAAACCGUCCCGCCGGGCGAACCGGAAGUCACUGCAUUCGUUCUCGAAGAUAUACCACCUACGAAUCCCGAAUCCGUCAACGUCUCGGACGACCAGUAUCAAGUCGGCGCGAAGCCCACGAAGGCGAGAAAAGAUAAGAAAUCCAAAAGGAGGCGGGAAGCCCAAGCGGCUCACGGCGGGGUUGAAGAAGGGGAAGAUUUCACCGCAUCAGCUGAGAAGCUCAUCGAUCCGAGCGGAAUUCGCGCCUCGAGUGAGAGCGCCGACGAACCGAUGGCCCCUAUGGACCGAGUGGGACAGCCCGAUUCCCGACAGCUCGUUCCUAGCGAAGCUACGAUCGCUCGCACCGUCGACGGAGUGAUCACCGUUGAUUCCCGAGCGGAUUCUGGAAACACGUCCGAACUCGCUGGAGAUCUGGACCUGACUAACGUUGAGAUCGGACUCCGAGGCGAUCGGGAAUCGGAGCCAGCUCCUGCGGAGUUCAAGAAGACGAAGGACAAGAAGUCUAAGCGGAAACGAGGAGAGAAAGUUCAGCAGCCCGAUACCCCGAUGGAGUUCGGGCACCACGAACAACUGCCCAGAUCGGGGAGCUCUCAACCGAGUGCAAAACCGAAUUCAGAUGAAGUUGACAUCUUUGACUUUAUGACGCCAUUGCAACAUCGUGAACAACCCGAACAUCCUCACCUCCAGAUCGCUCACAGCGUCGAGGUAGCAGAAGAGCUCCCGGAAGUUGUGCAUCCGGAACCUCCUCCCGGCAUCGAGUAUUCCGCUGCGCACGCGACUGGUACCGGCGUCGAAUUAGCGGGAGUUCGCGGUGAAGAAGGAGUGGAUGACGAUUCCGCCGAGCUCAGAGGGAAGGCAGAGUCCCCGAAGGAGUUCGAGGCGGGUCGUAUUGACGCCGCGGAGAUCCAGACAGCGCAGGACCUCGCCGCGUCAUGCCGGAAGCUCGAAGAACUUGCGGACGACGGAGACAGUUCGAAGGACAUGGAUGGCCAACUUUCCGUUCAAGACAUCGACGUUUUCGAUUUCAUGUCACCUUUGGUUCAUCCUGAGCAACCCUCGCACCCGGACAUCUCGUCUGCCGCAACGGACGGGGCGACCAGCAGUCCUGAAAAGGGACGAGACGAUGCGCGCUCGGUUGCGGCGGAGAUGGCUACCGACAUCCCGCGAGGGGAUCUCACGGAUUCAACAGCACAGCGAAAGGAGCCGGUGGACCUUGACGAAAAGAUCGAGAUUCCCGGGAAGAAGAAGAAAAAGAAGAAGAAACAAUCCGGAGCCGCUAUGAAUAUGAGCGUUGGCACUGAAGUUGAGAAAUUCGAAGCCAUGUCUGGGGCAUCAGAGGCAGGCCCUGAGGGAUCGUCUCUCGGACUGGGAGUCUCCGACCCGUACGACGGCUCUGUUUGGAUUCACGAAGAUCGGGAGCUGGGUUCUGAAUCAACGAAGUCGAAGAAGGAAAGCAAGAUAUCAAAAAAGAAGAAACACGAUUCCAUCGAACCAUCUGACUUUGCUCCCCGGACCUCUCCCGGGGAAGAAGUUCCUGCAGGACACGAUCCACAAGCAGUCGAAUUCUACGAUUCGGAAUCGAGAGAGUCUGAACAUCUGGAUUGCUCCGUGUCUACAGAUGUAGCACCUUUGUCACAGAAGACGGCAGAUGACGAAGAAGCUGAAACCCCGACAGUCGUCGACGAAGUCGAUGUCUUCGACCUUAAGACUCCUCUAGAACAUCAUGAGCAACCAGAACAACCUGGAGUGACGAUUGACACGCCAAGCGCAAACGCAGGAGCGGCAGCUCUGAGAACGGACUCUUCGGAGCGUCCAUUGGAUGCGAGAGUAUGUGAUGGCGAUUCUACGAAGAAAUCGAAACGAAAGAAGCGGAGAAACAGGAAUUCUGCAUCUCCGAACGAUAUCGGAACAAAGAGGGAGGGGCCUGAGCUCUCUCACCACGAACACGGAGACCGCGAGUCAUCUCCCGGAGCGUGUCGAGACGCUUUGAUACCUAUUGAUGCGGGAAGCUCCCAGAUCGAGACACCUGGAGAAGUUCAUCCAUUGGAAAUCGAAGUGCCUCCAGCAGCGGAACCAGUGCCUCCGGUCGAUGAGAAUUUCAUCUGCUCGGUUUCUGGUUCCCCGGAAUCUGGUAUCGAUUCCGUUCCUGUGACUAGCGAGCAAACAGAGCCUUCGAUAGUCGGGAGAAGUCUCGAGAGGUCCGAGGAAACUGUCCAACGACGGAAUGUGGAGAAUCGAAUUCCGUGUCUCGAGAAGCCGAAGAAACGCUCAAAGAAGACGAAGCAGAAGAGAUUGGGAGAGGAUUCAGUCUACGAAGCUGAGGGUCAUCAGAAGAAGUCCUCCGACUCGCUCGUACCGGAGCUCGGAAUGUCGACUCAGGGCAACAAUGCUUCGCAGAGCGAGGUCUUAAUGCCGGGAGAAGAAGAGCACGACACUGACGUCCGAGAUUCCAUCGCCACAACGCAAUCAGAGGCGCUCAGCACCGACGGACGUCCGGAAGGCUCGGUCGCGGAGAUCGUAGAGCUCACGGAGACACUACCCGUUGAGCUUGAGCUACGACGCCCGACCGAGUCAAAAGAGAUACCACCGGAGCUCAUCGCGGACACCGGAGCUGAUAACCAUGUGAGCGGAGACGAGGCAGGGCAAAUCCAAGAAACCCGAUCAGACGCGGCCCAGGACCCCGAACAGAGCAUCAAUUCGAAGAAAUCCAAGAAAAAGAACAAAAAGAAAAAUCGGAGUUCAGCUGAGAAUCGGGAGGGAGAUGCGAAUGUCUUCCCGCAAGAUUUCACCGCGGAGACCGCGUCGUUCCAACCUUCACACGUCGAAGGCGAAGCUCUUGGAAGCUUAACGGUCGAGGCGACCGCAGACGAUUACGGCGAUCCCGGGACGGAGUCAGAACGUCUGCUCCGAAGCGAAGCUGAUCCAAAUCGCCCGCGGGCUGGGCAUGAACUCGAUCCGGUAAUUUCCCACGCUGUCCCCAGGGAGACAACGCCGUAUGACAACGACCGUAUGGAGAACUUGGCGAUAGAGAGGGCCAUCGUAGACGAGAAGGAAACCGUUCUCGGGACCGCGCCCGAGCGGAAUCUGGCCGAGCUAGAGCUCUCAGGGAAGGACACGCCACAUGCGGAGGGUAACCAGUCACUCAAUAAGGAAAUGUCCCUCCGGAGCCGAUCUUCGAAAAGACAUAAACACAGAAAACGCACCGACACCAACACCAGACCCCAAACAGCAGCUGAGACAAUGGACACGAGACAAAAGUUCCGAAUCGAGAGAGUAGAAGAACCCUUCCCCGGUACCACCUGGACUUCUGAAACGGUUGAAACCGAGGAGGAUAUGUCGCUGGCCGACAUCGAGAACAUCCCUCACGACGACGAUCUGUCGGAGCUUUCGGAUUUCCCGAAAACCGGGGUCUCGAUGCCCACUGAGGAGCUUCUGCUCGAGUAUACGAACUUCGGGACCGCUGAAAAUCAGAACAUUCCCCAAGUUGAAAUUUCCUCGUUCUCGGAGCAUCGGGACUCGUUGGUCCGCGGUAGAACUUCGGACCACGACUUCUUCCUGCCGUCCGCUGCCGAGGCCACUCGUGGCCUGACACCGGAGCCCGGUCUCGACGACGUCCAGAAAGCCGCAAAAACCAUACAGAAGGCUUAUAGACACUAUCGGACGAGGAAGAGUCAGUCGCCCUUACCGACGCCAAGGGAGCCGGUCGAGGGCCCUGGAUACUUCUCGGAUUCGGCCCUGCAGGACAAGGCGGCUAGAAGGAUCCAGAAGGCGUACAAGAAGUUCAAAACGAGGAAGGAACUGGACGCCGAGAAGAAGCGGAGGUCCGACGAAGAAGAUGUUGCCGCCAGAAGAAUUCAAAAGGCUUUUAGGAAAUAUCACAAGACGAAAGAUGUUGAAGAAUCUCCGCAUCGAGCACUACCAGGAGCUUCUCCUGUACCGAAUGUUGCGGAACAGGAUGAAUUCGCGGCGAGGACCAUCCAGAAGGCCUACAAAAAAUACCGACUUAGGAAAAAUAAGAAGGUCGAACGCGAGCAGGAAGUCGCGUCAUCGCCACCGGUAGACUCGAGCGAGGAAUUGGCCGCGAGGAGAAUUCAAAGUGCCUACCGGAAAUACAACCGUCGGAAACCAAAACCCAGGGAGCCUGUUCCCGCGCCUGAACUCACUGAAGCGUUCGACGCCGAGAGCGCGAGAGAAGACGCUGCUGCGCGAAGAAUCCAGCGCUCCUUCCGCAAAUUCACGGCCACGAAACAACUCGGGGCCGAGAGUAGCUACGGGGCCGCGACCUCUCGCGCAGAAAGUCCUGACAGCGGCAGGAACCAAGGGCUUCUGCCGAACGAAUCAGACUUGGGUACUCUGUCGACCGACCCGAACACGUCCGACGUCAAACCGACGAAUCCGUUCGGUUCUGGAACAGCUGAUGCCGCGGAAGUCUCUCGUGGAGAUGCAGUGGAAAAAAUGAUUGCAAGGAUGAUGGCCGAGAAAUUCGCUCUCGAGGAGCUCGGCGACGGGGAUUCGCCCGAUUUCCCUCGGGAGGACGUCCCCCUGCCGGUUCCCGAACGAACUCAGAAGCCCAGCCCCGAUAUGCAGGCACCGAAGUUGAGCCGGAAAAAGUCCAAAAAAACCAAAGCGAAAUCCAAUAAAAAAUACGCCGGUCAACUCAGCCAGCUGGAGGAAGCUGCGGCGUCCAAAACCGAGGGGAGGAAUUCUCCCGAGGGGUCGGAGGUUCCGCCGAAAGUCGAACCCGAGGCUGAGCGUGAUUUCUCAGGAGACCAUCCAAUCGGGGAUGAAGAUGAGAAAGCCGCCAGAACGAUCCAGAAAGCUUUCAGACUUUAUCAAGGGAGAAAGGCCAGGCCCGGGGUCUGCAUGCAGCCUCUCUCCGUAGAGAUCCCGACGAUGACUGCCGAUUAUCCCUUACCCGAACCCCUCGCCCUAUCGGAGCCAACACUCCCAUGGGAGGAGAGAUUCGCGACGCCAGCCCACACCCCCGAGGAAGAUCGGACCGAACCAAUCCUGCCUCCGACUGGAGCCCAGCCCCCGAUGUCGGGCUCCCCGUCCGUUUCGGAUGCGUGGGCGGAGUUUUUCGGACAGAGAUCUUCUCUUCCGGACUGUGCCGACACGUCGCAGGGAGGCGGAUCGCAGCGGGACCGAGAGGUUUCCGAUGGUAGCGUUACGUCCUUCGUCGGGGCACCGCAAGAUUUCCUCAUGACGGAUCCGGAAGUCGGGGAUGCGUGGAAAGACUUUAUGAAGGAGGGAAUUGCGGGCGGCUCGUGCGAGGAGAUCGCCGCGACAACAGUGCGGCAGGAAACGGCCUCAGAGGAUUCCGUGGGGACAAUGGGCAAGACCGGAAGCGCGGGACUCGCCGGGGAGAAAACCCGAGGGGAAUCAGCCCCCGAGGCUGUCGCGACCAACGUCGACGCAAAGUCUUCAGCUGAGGACGAUGCAGCCCUCGAUGACUCGAUUGGGAGUGGAACGCGCAUUCAGGUUCCAGCAGAGCAGCGCAAUCGCCCGCUCCCCGCGAAUAUCGAUAUCAGACGAGGCAUUCCCCCGGAGUGCUGGGACGAUAUCCUCACGGCGUUGGAGUCGCCGUCGCCAAAAGUUUUGCGGGAUCUACCUCUCGAUCAGAUCUCUGUAGUUCCGCCGACUCCGCGUAACUCUUUCACGACGGAUGACUUAGAGAACUCGCCAAAGAAUAUCUGGGGCCCCAUAGAGGGAGAAGAAUGGCCCGGCGCACAGCCCACGGCUCAUGACAGCUCGCCGUCGGUGGCGACGGACGAGUGGCAAGAAGAGACUGGAAAGGAGGCGGUGGAAAAGCUCGAGGGUAAACCCGACGUUCCCUAUUUGGAGAGCGAACCGUCGACGGCGAGUCAGCCCGUUUGUGUUGAAGCUGCUGCUGCGACCAGUGGAAGAUUUGGAGACGAUGUGAACGCGAUGUCUUCUGGAGGAAACGGAGAGAAAAAGUCCAAACGGAAGAAGAAGUCCAAGAACUCCCGCGACCGACACACCUCGGUCAACGAGCCCGACAAGCCACCGCAGGACGUGCCCAUUGAAGUUUGGAAAGACUUUUUAGACGCCUCGACUUCUCCUGAAAGAAUUCUGGAAACGAUUGUGCCGCAGGAAUGUUUCGAAAUCGUGCAGAAGUCCCUCCAGGGGACCGAAGCUUUGGAGUCGUCCGCGUUAGCGGAGGCCCGUCCCCGAGAGUCAACAGAUCGGGGAACGCAAAGCUCGGCCCCAGAGACCGACUCCCACACUGAAGCCGUGAACACAGACGCACUCGAUAGUACACACGAGACACUACAGAACACUUCGGACGACACCAAUACGACACCAACCACCGCACAGAGCUCCGGUCCCCGUGUCUCAUCAGAUGGAGACCCACGAAAAAUUGAGAAUUGUCCAGAUGAUGACGGUGUAGUGAUAUGUGAGGAGCCGAAUGAUCUGUUAGGUACGAUAAGUAAUUCGGAAAUUGUCAGAGAUAGAGAAGAGACGGUGGAAGAUAAGUCAGGCAGCCGUAAUUGGUGGGAAAUGAUGCCCGACGAUCUCGAAGAAGCUCGGCCCUCGGACGUCGACGAAGGAAUAUUCACCGUCGACGAUCCCUUCACAACCGUCGCCGUAUUGGAUAAACCACGCAGAGCCAAAACCGUUGAACAGCCCCAGCUCGAAACGGUAGCGGAAGCAUCCGUCGAAACUUCGAAGGAAACAACCCCAGACCACUGCACCGCCUCCAUCGUGCCGGCAGAAGAUUCUAGCAAUGCUGUCGAAAUUCAAACAGACGCUGAAUCGACAAUCGCUGAUUACGAUGAGAUUUCCCAGGGGCGAGAUCUAGAGGUGGAACCGAUCCCGGAAGAGCCCGAAGCGUUCGUCGAGGUUUCGAAUGACGAAUCGCUCCCGGCUCAGCCCGUGAAGUCGGUCCAAGACGAGACUCCGAUGAAGGAACAGGCGGUGAGCGUCACGCCGCCGGAUAUUGGGGUUUCAGGAGAAGCCCCCCAACUUCAGGCGGACGUCAUCGACGCGAGUCGAGCGCCUGACGUUGCGGGAGCGAAAGUCGAAAAGGCGAAGAACACGCCGUCCGACCGCAAGAAACGGACGACAGCCGGUGUGGCGAAGGCAGACACCGCUGACACCGAAAGUACGUCGUACGAUCUCGAAGCAAUUCCGAAAGACGAGGAAGGAAUUGCUUCGAUCGAAGCCAGAGUCGUCGCCCCCGAACUCUUCGUAGAGUCGCCAACCAGCCAUGAGUCUGGAGGGAGACCGUUCCGCAAAGCGAAACGUCGGUUGAAGAAACUCGUUGACGAGACGCCGCCACCAGCCUCGGUGAGCAGUGGCGUUUCCCCUGAGUCCGAUUCCUCGAAAGCGAACACGAGUCAGGACGCGACGUGGGACGAGUUCAGCGACGCAAAUAAAGACUCGCUCGGCUCGCUCGCAAGCGAUGCCAAAGAGGAAGUUCCGGAGCACAGCGUCAGUCCGUCGGCCGCUUCUGCCGAGCUCGUCGAAAUCGAGGCGUCGGAAACAACAAUCACGGAAGACAAGCCAAUCACCCCGACCGAGAAGUCCGACAAAGACCUCCAGGAUGUCCUCCAAGUGGCGCAGCAGUUCCUGGGUCUCGAUGUUUCCCUGCUGCGAUCCUCGUCGUCGUUGCAGAUGUAUCGGCAGCGCUUGCUUGACCUCGUCCAAAUCAUCAAACGUAUCGGCGAAGCUCUGCCGGGUCACGACGCCAUUCUCGCAGAAACCAUCAUGGCCCUGGAGGAUCGGCGCGCACAGGUUGACUCCAUCCGCGUCGACGAGGAAAGCGCCACGGUCUCGCUGGCCUUGCAGGUGAUUCGAUACAUCACGGGCGAUCCUCCUGGGGUCGUCGAUCUCCCCGUCGCUGGGGCGCUUCUGUUCCAAUCGACCCCGAGACCCACGGCGACUGAGCCGACCGAGGGCUUGUGCAGCUUUGCGGAAUCUCUAACACAGCGUACACCGGCGGACAACAUGUCGAGGAUCGAAUACCUCCACUGUCUGCGUCUCCUCAUGGAAAAAGUAAUUUUCAUGCAACGGGGCACCGACAGCGGUCUCAUUGAGCCUGAGGCCCUGACGGAUGAGCAGGCGAAAUUGCAGAAUCUCCACGAGCUCCUGCAGCGUCAGGGGGAUCUCAUGUUCCCCGAAGAUUCUCAAGUUCAAUCGAUGUUGCGCGACGUCAAAUCGGCGCUUUUCCUUCUCACUGUCGCCUCAAGUAGAGAGCUCCCGGUCUCUUCGAGAACAAAGAGACCGAAGUUCACCAGGCAAACCUCGAAGAAUGCCACCGAAUUCGGGAGGAACCUCGCACAACAUGCGAGUCAGCUGAGAAUCGAAAUCGAAAAUACGUUCAUAGAGAGCGCGCCGCUCCAGCUCGCUAGCUUAGUCGACCUCAAGGAGGCAAUCGACUACUUGAGUUCACUCCGGCGAGAGCUCAAGUCGACGCUGUGCAAGAUGCAGCAAGCUUCAGCGAAAAGCGAGCUCGACUUGAGUUCGUCUUUAUCGAAUGGCAUCGUGUCGAUCCAGCUCGCCGAUGACAAGAUCUCUCGUUUGAAAAACGCUCUGCAGACGUGGCGACAAGUCUCAGAGGAUUGUCUCAAACCGCUUCCAUUCAGCGUGAACGCUAUCGACGAGCACACAUUGCUACAGACCAUCCAGAAUCUUCCAACGGAAUGCGUUCUCGUAGACGAAGUUUUGCAGUGUCUGAAUGAACGACUACACUCGCUCCGAGAGAGGCGCAUGGAGACACGUCUAAAAACUCGGAGCUCUCUCCAGAAGCAGCUGGAAGAAAACUUCAGAGCGUCUCGGCUCGCCAUAUUGAGGCAGGCUGAGGAGCUGCAAAACCAGUUCGUGGUGAACAAGUCGGUCAGAGAGUUGCUGGAAGCAGAUGCCCUUCUGAGUUCCCUGGAAACCAGUGGAUUUCCGGAAAACCAGGAAUUCGAAAGCAGCCUUCUCAGAAAACAGAACGAGCUGCUCAAGACACUACUGGAAACUUCCGACCGAGAGGCUCUCACUGAUAUCGUUCGUCUCGCUCCGCCAUCUGGUCUGAAGAAUCUGCGACACCAUCUACUGGCGCGGCUCCGUUCUCCGAAAAGUCCGUCACCGGAAAUGGCUUUCGGCAUGCAAGCCGUCGAGGAUUGGAACGAAUAUUUCGAUCACUUUGGAGCCGAUUCCGAGAGCAAGUCAUCGGCGCGACUGCUCGAUGCUUUGAACGAGGUCAUCUCCAAGACGGAAUCCCCAUCGAAACCGUGUCCGAUCGAGCUCGAGAGAGACAUCCAGAUCCUGAUCAUGGAGGCGCGAUCCGAUUUGCAUCAAGCGGACCCGGAAUCUUUCAACCUAGACCACCUACGGAGCGUUCGCUCGCUGCUCCUGACAAUCUUGAGACGCACGGAUUUGCGCCUAGCUGUCAUCACGCACCGCGAGCUGCUCGACUUCAGAGCGACUCUCCAGCAGACUCUCGAGAAAAUCGAAGAGCGCAUCCACCAGAUUUCUGUGGAGAAAAGUGCUCUGAAGGAAGUGGACGACUUCCUGGUGCAGAUGCAGGUCGCGAUCACGGACGCAGAGAUGGUCGACACGGGGGUCGAGGCGCUGCAGCAGAUCAUGCGGAACCGUUCGCAUAUCUUGGAGAGAAUCCCCAAACAUCAGAGAUUCCAAAGCCAAGCCGAAUCUCUCCGAGCAAGGUGGGAUGAAGCCGGGGACCGCCUCGUCUCGCUCGAAGAGCUCCAGAUGCAGCAGCGACGACUCCGUGAAGUGCAGGAGAAAAUCGUCCUCGCGGACUCGCCGCUUGACGCCUACGAAAAGCUGGACGAUGAUCUCCGAACAAGUCUGGGCUGUGAAGUUGUAACACCUGGCGAGAUUACCUACGAAUUCGACCAGACCUAUGUCUUAAAAACUCUUGAGAACGCGGAGAAAGAGCUGAAGCAGCCUGAGAAGAGACUUCUAGUGCAGCAACAGAACCUCCACAGGUGUCUGAAAGAGAUGUUGAAGGCGAGCGAUCAGCUCAACCAGUCGAACCGGAUCGACCUCCGUCGUCGUUGGCAUAAUGAUUUCACAAAACUCGUCGAAAUCCUGUGCCAACUUGAGAUCAACAUCGCUACCCGAGAAGACAAAUCCACACUCGUCAAUCAACUCCUGUCGUACACCACAGAAAGCGAACGUCUUCUGAAACUUUCACCGAACCCGGAGGAGCGCAAGGCUCAAGUGGCCGAUCUCCGAGAGUACGCGGUUCUAAUCCGCAGCAAGCUCAGCGGAGCCCGAUCGAAGCUGCCUGUUGAGUUGCAGCUGGAGCUCGAGCAGACUCUGGCUCAGAUCGAAGGCACUCUCGAGAAGAUUUCUGAAAGCAUCGAUCUCUCCUGGAAUGUCAGAGAGAAUAUCGAUCAGCUGAAAUCUCUCCUCGCGGCUCUGGCCGCCGAUUGCCUACGAUGUCGCUGCGCCUUGAAAGUAUGCGACGAUGGGACUGUGCAAGACCUCUUCCAACAAGCGAACAUCGAAGAGCAGAUCAAAGCCGCUCAGGAUCUCUACCAGAACGUCGUCGCUCUCAUCCCGUCGCUCGCCGACGACUACAGGUUCACCUGUGACUCCAACCUGACGGCCCUCAACGCACCAGAAAUCAUGAGCGACGCGUUGGAACUCCUGAAGCUCCGACCCCGAGAGCUUGCCGUGCACUCUUCGCACCCGACACCGUGUUUUAAAACGAAAGCUGUAGACCAGAGAACAGCUCUCGAUAACUUCCAGGAGAGUCUCGAUCAAGUGAACGGAGAGGUGGCCUCGAGUCAAGAUAAGGCCGUAGUGGAGUUUUUCCAAGAUUUGAAUGAGAACAUCGUCCCGGUUUUCGAGGCGAAUGUUGUCCAGGCGAAGCUCUGCGAAACUCUCCCCGCGGUCGCUGCGAGCUCUCAAAAACUCCACGAGAGCACCGGAGAAGGUCUCGAUGAGUUGCAGAAACGACUCCAGCAGGUCCUCAUCCUGAAGAAGGACUUGCUGUCGUCAAUCGAGAGUUUCAAUCUCGCAGUCGACGACGUCGAAGCCAAUCUCGACAGGCCCCUCACGUUCCGGGACAUUCAGGAACUGGAGAAAACAAUCGAAACUUUGGAAAAGCACAAACCAAACAAGCACUUGACCGAAACAUACACCGGCGUGGAACGCGCGUUCAACGAGCUCCUCAAAUACUACCACGACCUGAUCACGAAGACCACUGAGGACUCGAUGCGGAAGGAGCUCAGCAACUGCAGGAAGCGCAACGAGAACGCGUGCAAACAGCACAAAAUCAAGGUGAAACAGCUGCGUUCUCUACGAGUGGGCUGGAACCAGCUGAAAAGCAAUCUUUCGUCAGCUGCCAACGCGUUGGCUGACAGCGAGCGGGACCUCACUUUGGUUCACUCGACAAAAACCGACGAGCUCGCUCACAUCCAGGCGAUCCGCGAGAGUCUCGAGCACCAGGUCAACGAGCUCCACACCCGAGUGAACCACCUGCAUCUGCAGAUGACCAACCGAGGUCUCGUGAACGACGAUCUAGCAGGAACUGUCAAGACGCUCAACGCCAAGUGGAAUCGGCUUUACGCGACAUGCCUUCAAAGAGCUGGCGAAGUCGCUGAAGCCGUGACCCACUGGAGCAAGUUCGAAUUGGAAAAACAAAACGUUAUGGUCGAGUUGACGGAAGUCGACAUUCAAAUGACCAAAAUGGCUCGGGGUGUCCUACCCCUUUCCGACGAGAACCUCGAAGACAUCGGAGCGCGACUGCAGCAGACCGAGCGUCAGCUCCAGGUCCUCGAGGAACAGGCGACCGGCCUACGAGGAGAUACCAUCGACGAGAUCGUCUUCAGCAGAUCAGAGCUCGACCUCGGAAAACUGCACAAACACCACAAGGAUCUCCUGGAUGGAAUCGGCCGUCUCCGGAACCGGUCGGCUUACCAGUUCGGUCUGGACCCGACCAUCGUCCAAUUGAUGGCCUCCAGUUCGAAUGUGCAAAUUCUCAACCGACUCGCGUCAGAUAGCGCCUUGCCACCAGCGCCUGCGCCAGGGAGCAGUAAAACUCAAACGAAAAAUGAAAAUCUGCUGACAGCCAUUCACGAACUCAAAGCCCGCGCGGAGGACAUCAGAUCCUCAGAAGAUCCGAUCGGAGGGCGUAUAUCCGAUUUUACCGAUAUCUUACUCGAAAGCGGCGCUCUCAAGAAACGGAUCAACGCCGUCAACGACGUUCAGAGCCGAGAGGCUUACGCGAGCUUGAUCACUACCACCCUCAGUGAAACGCAGGACUGCCUCCAGGCCACGCUGGUGGAGGCCGCGCACCUCGACGAGACUGUCGGUCAGUUAUCCGAUUAUCUGUCCGCGGCCGAGGGAAGACUGGCCGCGGUGGAAACGGACGACGCAAAGUUAGCCGAACUCUCCACAAUCCGAGAUGAUCUAGAGCAUGCGCGACCGCUGGUGUUUGCUCUGCAGCAGGCCGAAGCGUUCAGUCCAGAGCUCCACGAUUCGAUAGGAGUAGUGGCUCAGCAGAUGGAUAGACUCAUCUCCUUAUGCGGCAUGCACGGCUUGCAGGUAUCACGUGAAGCCUCAUCAGCAGCGAGUUCCUUAGAAGACUUGUUGCCAAUCGGAGAAUCGUCCGAGAAUCGUUGGCAAUGGUUCGUGAGCCGUGUGAUGAGGACUUCGUUGCCGAUCCAGGCGUUCCUUCUGCUUCUUCUGGGCGCAGCUAGUCUUCUGCCCAUGACAGAAGAAGAUUUCAGCUGUGUAUUUGUCAACAACUUCGCUCGCUCGAUGAACCCGAUGCUGAAGUUCCCUGCUGGACCCCCACCUAUCUGAAGAAAUUCCCAAUCAGACCCUCGCAUUUCCGAAGCUGCUCCCAAGAUCACCGAGGGGAGCGGGACUUGAUCCGGAAGAUUAGAAAAUUCAGGAAUUGGAGCAGCGAUGACAAUAUUACGAAAAAAAAGAAAAAAAAAGACAACGCCACAGAAGCUCAGAGGGUGGCAGUCGAAGGACGUGUAGAAAGGCUGGACGCUUUGAAAUAUGAAGUGCGCUGAUAAUCGAAAUUUUCGAAAGUUAUCGAACUUCAUCGAAGUGAGACUUCACUGCGUCACCCAUUCUAGUCUACCGAGAACUUCUCAAAAGAUUACUUCCUUCCCAUUCUGAAAAAUUCUUCUCUGCAGAAAUCCACUCGAGCUCUUCCUUCGAGGGGGAGCAUCCGCAACUCAAAUCUAUUCGCUUGUAGAAUUAGAUCGAAACUACUCUUGAAGAGUCAGUUCAAAAUAAUCUGAUUAUUCAUCAUUUCAUCAUUGACUGUGAAAAUGUGCGUCGUGAGGUCUCCCUGAAGUCCUCGUUUCCCCAUCGCGACUUCAGUGACACUUCACGAUGUUCAACGAGAAUCUUGCUCGCAUUUCACCGUGUAUAAUAUCGAGGAGAGGCUCGUUCCCGCCUUCUUCCACAACUAGAGACGAGAAACAGACCGUCCUGUGACUUAUGAUAGAAUGAGAGAUGACCCUAAGCAGAAAUAUUCAAUGAGUUGAUGACGUAAUGAGCUUUGUUACUUAAGGCGCGUAUGUUUGGCAUUCGACGGUACCACGCCUUACUAAUAUAUUAUUUUUUGCCUGUAUGGAUGCGACCACGGAAUGUAAUAUAUCGCCGUGAGCCCAAUGUAAUAAUGUAGAGAGUGGCGCUUUACCGAAUUGUAGAUAGUUGAACCCUUAUGGGAGUGAGAUAGUCAGUCACGGGAGACCAUGUUCUCAGUGUUGUAUCGAAGCACAUUUGAGUAAAACUAAUUUGUAUGGAACAC